AUGCAGCAGUGUGGAAAUGGGAGCGAUGUGAAACAACUGGAGCAAUGUGAAACUGGAGUGAUGCAAAACUGGAGUGAUGCAAAACUGGAUGCAAAACUGGAGCAGUGCAGUGCAAAACUGGAGCAGUGCAAGGCAAAACUGGAGCAGUGCAGUGCAAAACUGGAGCAGUGCAAUGCAAAACCGGAGCGGUGCAGUGCAAAACUGGAGCGGUGCAAUGCAAAACUGGAGCGGUGCAGUGCAAAACUGGAGCGGUGCAAUGCAAAACUGGAGCGGUGCAGUGCAAAACUGGAGCAGUGCAAUGCAAACUGGAGCGGUGCAGUCAGUGCAAAACUGGAGCAGUGCAGUGCAAAACUGGAGCGGUGCAAGGCAAAACUGGAGCGGUGCAGUGCAAAACUGGAGCAGUGCAGUGCAAACCUGGAGCAGUGCAAUGCAAAACUGGAGCAAUGCAGUGCAAAACUGGAGCUUGACCUCACUCAGACUGCUGCAGGGAAGAGCCUCGACAGCAGCUGGGGCUCGGACUGCGACUGCAUCUGCAAACAGCAAACCUCCAAACUCCACUUUUGA